GUUCGUCUUACCAAAAAAGCGUGUUCACUGUCGCUUGUGUUUCUUCGGGCAGUUUUUUUCUGUUACGGAAAUCGUCCUUUCUUAAUGUGUGUUAGUGCUGUAGUGUAUAACGCCCCCGGGCAAACCUCUCGUAACUGCCUGCGUGAGAGGCACCGACGUGCAGCUUGGUAGUGACAAAUAAAGUUAGUGCUUACUUUCUUAAGUGUUGUUGCUGUUGCGUGAGAACACAGAUUAAAAGGGGUUGUGUAGAAAGAGUGAGACACAGUAAAAGGCUACUCUCUCUGUACCACGGUCGGUCUGGCUCGCUUUUCGGUGAAUUUGUGCAAACACACACGCCUUGCAUGAAGAUAGAACACGAAGCGGACGACUGUAAGCUGCUCCAGUAUAAGCGACAACUUUAUUUAGAUAGUGGACUGGGAGCCAGCACCAUUACGGCAAGGUGGACACAGAUGGGUCCAGGACCAACGGCCGGUUCGUUGGUCCCGGACGACACCAACGGUUCCGGCGUGGACGGUGGCAAGCAUUUGGACGUCGGCGACAUGAGCGAUGACGAACAGGAUCUGUCGUCGGCGGAUGCCGAGGGCGUUUGGAGUCCGGACAUUGAACAGAGCUUCCAGGAGGCACUAGCCAUCUACCCGCCGUGCGGUCGCCGAAAAAUCAUUCUCUCCGAGGAAGGCAAAAUGUAUGGUCGCAAUGAAUUGAUCGCACGCUACAUCAAACUACGCACCGGCAAGACGAGAACUCGGAAGCAGGUCAGCUCGCACAUACAAGUAUUAGCCAGAAGGAAGUUGCGCGAGUUCCAGGCCAAAAUGAAAGUGCAAUUCUGGCAGCCGGGUUUGCAACCGAGCACCUCCCAGGACGUGAAACCGUUUGCCCAGCCCGGUUACCCCAUGAAGACUGCCACCGCCGUCUCGGAGGGUGCCCUGCAGCCCACACACCCAUGGGAGGGGCGCGCCAUUGCCACGCACAAGUUCCGGCUGGUUGAGUACAGCGCCUAUUUGGAGCUGCGCGCCGAAGAAACCUAUCACAAGCACCUGUUCGUCCAUAUAGCGGAUACGCCGGCUAACCCACUGUUGGAAUCGGUGGAGGUGAAGGAAAUCUACGACAAGUUCCCGCAGAAGUCGGGCGGCUUGAAGGAGCUGUACGAGAAGGGUCCGAGCAAUGCGUUCUUCCUCGUAAAGUUCUGGGCGGACCUCAACACAAACAUCGCGAAUGAUGCGGGCGCAUUCUACGGUGUCAGCAGUCACUACGAAAGUAACGACAAUAUGGUGAUUACCUGCUCGACAAAGGUGUGCUCCUUUGGGAAGCAGGUGGUGGAGAAGGUGGAAACGGAAUACUCCCGCAUCGAGAACGGUCGCUACGUGUACCGGAUCAGCCGGUCACCGAUGUGCGACUACAUGAUUAACUUCAUCAACAAGCUCAAGCACCUUCCGGAGAAGUACAUGAUGAACAGUGUGCUGGAGAACUUCACCAUCCUGCAGGUUAUAUCCAACAAAGACACAGACGAAACGCUACUGUGUGUGGCGUUCGUGUUUGAGGUUUCGACAUCCGAGCACGGUGCGCAGCAUCACAUCUACCGUCUGGUGAAGGAAUAGCAAGAAAUCAACAAUCACCGCGUGCACCAUAGACUAGAUAACACUAGCGACAGCAUUAUCCUAAGCAAUCCGAACAUUCUGGCCAGCGGCGACUACGGCAAUACCACCCACAACAACAGCAACAACAGCAACAACAACAGUAGUGCGCACAGCAGCAAUGACGGUAACAACAACAGCAGCACUAGCAUCAACCGCGAACGUCCAGCAACGAACGCGUCAGACCACACCAAUCAAGACCAUGCUUCUCAGCACCUGCAACCUCCACCGGUCGACCUUCCCAGCUGUCUGGUAGUGGAGCAAGGGGCCGGAAAUCUUGCAGCAAUAAUUCCACCCCAUCGGCAAUCAACUUCGUCCCAUCAACCGCACGGUGGAGAGCUACCGUUGGAGGCGCUGCCCAUAGCGCCCCCGCACCUACCAUCCUCCGCCGGUGACGGUGAACCGGAGCUGGCGGAGAUAACGCCCAUACUACGCACCGGUACCCAGCAGCAGCGCCACCAAUCCGUCAAGCAGGAGUACCUCGGUAUCGAACCGGACUACAGCCCGGUGGAUGGGAAAAACGCAUCCCAACUAUUACUACACCGGCCCAUCCAUCAGCUGCUGCGCGACUGAAACGAAACAUGGUAUGCGCGAAGGUAGACCUAGGGCGUGUUGCGCAAAACAUAGAAAACAAAAUUACAUUAAGUGGAAUAAAAAACAACAGUGCCUAUAAGAUGAGCGGGAUGCGUAAUGUAGGGAAGCGAGAAACAUUAGGUAUCAAUGCAAGCAUGAUAUGAAUGAAUUGAAACAAAAAAACAUUAAAUAGAAACCAAAAAAAGAAAUACUGUCUGGACACCUGCAGCACAUAGAACAGAUAUAGGACAGGCGCCAAUGCUUCUUCUACGCAAUAGCUAGCCACCCCGGUACUAUUUCUUCUGUAUCUCGGCACCAAAACCCGAACCUUCCUUUUCAUUUACGUUUGGCACAUCCAACAUGGCCCAAUGAAAAACGAAAAACAAAAAUGUCCACAACACAACAAAAGUACACCGGCUAGAUGUUAGUAUUAUUAGUUGUAAUGGAAAGUGGUAGAGUCCUCCUUGGUGUGUGUGCGCGCGCGCGCGCGCGCUACGGAUGCUGUGUCAGAAUCGAACGAUCGAGCCAUAUAUCAUAGAGCCUUGAUGCAUUACACACACGCGCAAAAGAAGGCACGGUGUGUAAUAUAGCUGCUAGAGUUUAUUAUUUGCCACAGUACAAAACAAAAAAAAAACAGAAAAUCACGAGCGUUCGCUGUGCGCACUGUUCGCUAGAUUUAUCGCUCCAUCAAGUACGGGUGUGAUUGUGUGUUGAGUGCGUGUAAGUGAGUAAGCUUUCGUCCUGUGAAAAAAAAACCGAUUUUGUUGUUUUUAACACAAUCAAAACUGUGUUGUUUUCACUUUCACACACACACA